GCGCGGGGCGGCGCGGGCGCGGGUGGGAUUCUCCAAGCGGCGGUGCGCCGUUGCCGCGGGCCGUGCGCGGGCUGCGGGCGAGGCGGGCGCUGCGCAGUCUCCGCAGGCGCCGGCGGGAGGGGUCCCGGCGGAGGCGCGGCGCAGGCGGCUCCAGGCCCAGGUGAAUGGAGUAACCUGACAGCGGGGACGAGGCGACGGCGAGCGGGAGGAAAUGGCGGCGGCGGCGGCCGCGUCGGGCGGCACCGGGAGGCCUGGGCUGUGACGCGAGCGCCGGAGCGGGCUCCGAUGGUUCUCGAAGGCCCGCGGCGCCCCGUGCUGCAGUCAGCUGUGCUAGAACAAAAAUGCAAUGAAAGCAACACUGGAUGAAUGACAAGCCCUGCUUUGCCGCCCCUCAGCAUGGCAGGCCUGCAGCUCAUGACCCCUGCUUCCUCACCAAUGGGCCCUUUCUUUGGACUGCCAUGGCAACAAGAAGCAAUUCAUGAUAACAUUUAUACGCCAAGAAAAUAUCAGGUGGAACUGCUUGAAGCAGCUCUGGAUCAUAACACCAUCGUGUGUUUAAACACUGGCUCAGGGAAGACCUUCAUUGCCGUACUACUCACUAAAGAGCUCUCCUACCAGAUCAGGGGAGAUGUCGACAGAAAUGGGAAGAGGACGGUGUUCCUGGUCAACUCUGCAAACCAGGUUGCUCAACAAGUAUCAGCUGUCAGAACUCAUUCUGAUCUCAAGGUUGGGGAGUACUCAGACCCAGAAGUAAGUGCGUCCUGGACUAGAGAGAGGUGGAGCCAGGAGUUUGCUAAGCACCAGGUUCUCAUUAUGACUUGCCAUGUCGCCUUGGAUGUUUUGAAGAAUGGUUACUUGUCCCUGUCAGACAUUAACCUUCUGGUGUUUGAUGAGUGUCAUCUUGCAAUCCUAGACCACCCCUACAGAGAAAUUAUGAAGCUCUGUGAAAAUUGUCCAUCAUGUCCUCGCAUUUUGGGACUAACUGCUUCCAUUUUAAAUGGGAAAUGUGAUCCAGAGGAGUUGGAAGAAAAGAUUCAGAAGCUGGAGAAGAUUCUUAAAAGUAAUGCUGAAACUGCCACUGACCUGGUGGUCUUAGACAGAUACACUUCUCAGCCAUGUGAGAUCGUGGUGGACUGUGGGCCGUUUACCGACAGAAGUGGGCUCUAUGACCGACUGCUGGUGGAAUUAGAAGAAGCACUUGGUUUCAUCAAUGACUGUAAUCUACCUGUGCAUUCAAAAGAAGGGGAUUCUACUUUAAUUUCUAGACAGAUCCUGUCAGAUUGUCGUGCAGUGUUGGUAGUGCUGGGACCUUGGUGUGCAGAUAAAGUAGCUGGGAUGAUGGUGAGGGAAUUGCAGAAGUACAUCAAACACGAGCAGGAGGAGCUGCACAGAAAGUUUUUAUUGUUUACAGACACUUUCCUAAGGAAAAUACAUGCACUAUGUGAAGAGCACUUCUCACCUGCCUCACUUGACCUGAAAUUUGUAACUCCUAAAGUAAUAAAACUGCUCGAAAUCUUGCGCAAAUACAAACCAUAUGAGCGGCAGCAGUUUGAAAGCGUGGAGUGGUAUAAUAAUAGGAAUCAGGAUAAUUACGUGUCUUGGAGUGAUUCUGAAGAUGAUGAUGAGGAUGAAGAAAUUGAGGAAAAAGAGAAGCCAGAGACGAAUUUUCCUUCUCCAUUUACCAAUAUUUUAUGUGGAAUUAUUUUUGUGGAAAGAAGGUAUACAGCCGUUGUCUUAAACAGAUUGAUAAAGGAAGCAGGCAAGCAGGACCCCGAGCUGGCUUAUAUCAGCAGCAACUUUAUAACUGGACAUGGCAUUGGAAAGAAUCAGCCUCGAAACAAACAGAUGGAAGCGGAAUUUCGAAAACAGGAAGAGGUUCUUCGGAAAUUUCGAGCACAUGAGACUAACCUGCUCAUUGCAACGAGUAUUGUAGAAGAGGGUGUUGAUAUACCAAAAUGCAAUUUGGUAGUUCGUUUUGACUUGCCUACAGAGUAUCGAUCCUACGUUCAAUCUAAAGGAAGAGCCAGGGCUCCAAUUUCUAAUUAUAUAAUGUUAGCAGAUACAGAUAAAAUAAAAAGUUUUGAAGAAGACCUUAAAACUUAUAAAGCUAUUGAAAAGAUCCUGAGGAACAAGUGUUCCACGUCCAUCGACACCGGCGAGACUGAUGUUGAUCCUGUCGUGGACGACGACGAUGUUUUUCCACCGUAUGUGUUGAGGCCAGAUGAUGGUGGUCCGAGGGUCACCAUCAAUACGGCCAUCGGACACAUCAACAGAUACUGUGCUAGAUUACCAAGUGAUCCGUUUACUCACCUCGCUCCUAAGUGUAGAACCCGGGAGUUGCCUGAUGGCACAUUUUAUUCAACUCUUUAUCUGCCGAUUAACUCACCUCUUCGAGCCUCCAUUGUUGGCCCACCAAUGAGCUGUGUACGGUUGGCUGAAAGAGUUGUAGCUCUCAUUUGCUGUGAAAAACUGCACAAAAUUGGUGAACUGGAUGAACAUUUAAUGCCAGUUGGGAAAGAGACGGUUAAGUACGAAGAGGAGCUUGAUUUACAUGAUGAAGAAGAAACCAGCGUCCCAGGAAGACCAGGCUCCACGAAGCGGAGGCAGUGCUACCCUAAGGCAAUCCCAGAGUGUCUGAGGGAUAGUUAUCCCAAGCCCGAUCAGCCCUGUUACCUGUAUGUGAUAGGAAUGGUUUUAACCACUCCAUUACCUGAUGAACUGAACUUCAGGCGGCGGAAGCUCUAUCCCCCUGAAGAUACCACAAGAUGCUUUGGAAUACUGACAGCCAAACCCAUACCUCAGAUCCCACACUUCCCCGUGUACACGCGCUCCGGAGAAGUCACCAUAUCCAUUGAGCUGAAGAAGUCCGGCUUCACCUUGUCCCUGCAAAUGCUCGAGCUGAUCACACGGCUGCACCAGUACAUUUUCUCACACAUUCUUCGGCUUGAGAAACCAGCAUUAGAAUUCAAACCCACAGACGCGGAUUCAGCCUACUGUGUUCUACCUCUUAAUGUUGUUAACGACUCCAGCACUUUGGACAUUGAUUUUAAAUUCAUGGAAGAUAUUGAGAAAUCCGAAGCUCGCAUAGGCAUUCCCAGUACAAAGUAUUCAAAGGAAGCACCUUUUGUUUUUAAAUUAGAAGAUUACCAAGACGCAGUUAUCAUUCCAAGGUAUCGCAACUUUGAUCAGCCACACCGAUUCUACGUGGCUGACGUGUACACUGACCUUACCCCACUCAGCACAUUUCCUUCCCCCGAGUAUGAAACUUUUGCAGAAUAUUACAAAACAAAGUAUAACCUUGACCUGACCAAUCUCAACCAGCCGCUGCUGGAUGUGGACCACACAUCUUCAAGACUUAAUCUUUUGACACCUCGACAUUUGAAUCAGAAGGGGAAAGCGCUCCCUCUUAGCAGUGCUGAAAAGCGGAAAGCCAAGUGGGAGAGUCUGCAGAACAAACAGAUCCUGGUCCCGGAGCUCUGUGCCAUCCACCCCAUCCCUGCGUCGCUGUGGAGAAAAGCAGUCUGCCUCCCCAGCAUUCUCUACCGCCUUCACUGCCUUCUGACUGCAGAGGAGCUCCGAGCCCAGACGGCCGGCGACGCCGGCGUGGGGGUCAGGUCACUGCCUGCCGACUUCAGAUACCCUAACUUGGACUUCGGUUGGAAAAAAUCUAUCGACAGCAAGUCUUUCAUCUCAAUGUCUAACUCAUCUUCAGCUGAAAAUGAUCAUUACUGUAAGCACAGCACACUUGUAGUCCCUGAAAAUGCUGCACAUCCAGGUGCUAACAGAACCUCCUCUCUAGAAAACCAUGACCAAACGUCUGUGAACUGCAGGACGCUGCGCAGCGAGCCGCUGGGGAAGUGCCCAGGGGACGUGCCGACAGAUCCGACAGCAGUUAAUGGUCUUUCUUACAAUAAAAAUCUUGCCAAUGGCAGUUAUGAUUUAGCUAACAGAGACUUUUGCCAAGGAAAUCAGCUGAAUUACUACAAGCAGGAAAUACCUGUACAACCAACUACCUCAUAUCCCAUUCUGAAUUUAUACAAUUACGAGAUCCAGCCCAAGCCCAGCGAUGAAUGUACCCUACUGAGUCAUAAAUACCUUGACGGGAAUGCUAACCAAUCUACCUCGGACGGAAGUCCCGCAACGGCUGCCAUGCCUGGUACGACGGAUGCUGGCAGAGCACGCUGGGACAGCACGGCUUGCGAGCAGAGCCCUUCUGUCGGGUACUCCUCAAAGACUCUCGGCCCCAAUCCCGGCCUCAUCCUUCAGGCUCUGACUCUGUCUAAUGCCAGUGAUGGAUUUAACCUGGAGCGGCUUGAAAUGCUUGGUGACUCCUUCCUGAAGCAUGCCAUCACCACCUAUCUCUUUUGCACUUACCCCGAUGCUCAUGAGGGCCGCCUUUCCUACAUGAGAAGCAAAAAGGUCAGCAACUGCAAUCUGUAUCGCCUCGGCAAGAAGAAGGGGCUGCCCAGCCGCAUGGUGGUGUCCAUCUUUGAUCCCCCUGUGAACUGGCUUCCUCCCGGUUAUGUAGUAAAUCAAGACAAAAGUAACACAGAUAAAUGGGACAAAGAGGAAAUGACAAAAGACUGCAUGUUGGCUAAUGGCAAACUGGACGACGACUGUGAGGAGGAGGAGGACGAGGAGGAGGAGGACCUGGUGUGGAGGGCUCCGAAGGAGGAAGCUGAAUAUGAUGAUGAUUUCUUGGAGUAUGAUCAGGAGCACAUCAAAUUUAUAGAUAACAUGUUAAUGGGAUCAGGAGCCUUUGUAAAGAAAAUUUCUCUUUCUCCCUUCUCCGCCCCGGACUCUGCGUGCGAGUGGAAAAUGCCCAGGAAGCCCCCCUCUGGCAGUGUGCCGUGCACCUCCGAGUUCCAGGACUUUGACUACAGCUCUUGGGACGCGAUGUGCUAUCUGGAUCCUAGCAAAGCUGUCGAAGAGGAUGACUUUGUGGUGGGCUUCUGGAAUCCCUCAGAAGAAAACUGCGGUGUCGACACGGGGAAGCAGUCCAUUUCCUACGACUUGCACACGGAGCAGUGCAUUGCCGACAAGAGCAUCGCGGACUGCGUGGAAGCCCUGCUGGGCUGCUAUUUAACCAGCUGCGGCGAGCGGGCUGCUCAGCUUUUCCUGUGUUCUCUGGGGCUGAAGGUGCUCCCGGUCAUUAAGAGGGCUGACCGGGAAAAGGCUGCGUGCCCGGCCCGGGAGAGCUUCCACAGCCAACCCAAGCGGCCUCCCGGGAGCUGCGCUCUGGCCUCAGGAGCCAGCUCCCGGGGCUCCUCGGUGCUGAGAGACCUGGAGUACGGUUGUCUGAAGAUCCCACCGAGAUGCAUGUUCGACCAUCCAGAUGCAGAUAAAACACUCAGUCACCUUAUAUCGGGUUUUGAGAAUUUCGAAAAGAAAAUCAACUACAGGUUCAAGAACAAGGCGUACCUUCUCCAGGCGUUCACACACGCCUCCUACCACUACAACACCAUCACUGAUUGUUACCAGCGCUUGGAGUUCCUGGGCGACGCGAUUCUGGACUACCUCAUUACCAAGCACCUUUACGAAGACCCUCGGCAGCACUCGCCCGGGGUCCUCACCGACCUGCGCUCUGCCCUGGUCAACAACACCAUCUUCGCGUCGCUGGCUGUGAAGUACGACUACCACAAGUACUUCAAAGCUGUGUCCCCCGAGCUCUUCCACGUCAUUGAUGACUUUGUGCAGUUUCAACUGGAGAAGAAUGAGAUGCAAGGGAUGGAUUCAGAGCUCAGGAGAUCUGAAGAGGAUGAAGAGAAAGAAGAGGAUAUUGAAGUCCCAAAGGCCAUGGGGGACAUAUUCGAGUCGCUGGCUGGUGCCAUCUACAUGGACAGUGGGAUGUCCCUGGAGACAGUGUGGCAGGUGUACCACCCCAUGAUGCGGCCUCUCAUAGAAAAGUUUUCUGCAAAUGUGCCCCGUUCACCUGUGCGAGAAUUGCUUGAAAUGGAACCAGAAACUGCCAAAUUUAGCCCGGCUGAGAGAACUUACGACGGCAAGGUCAGAGUCACCGUGGAAGUGGUCGGCAAAGGCAAGUUUAAAGGUGUUGGCCGCAGUUACAGGAUCGCCAAGUCUGCCGCUGCCAGAAGGGCCCUGCGAAGCCUCAAAGCUAACCAACCUCAGGUUCCCAACAGCUGAAGCCUGUUGUCAACGUUCAAAGCAAAACGAAAAACCACCGAGGGGGGAGUAUUUAAACAUGAUGGGGUCAGGUUGAUAUGUCGAGUGGAAUGAGCUGAAGGCAGAAUUUACAGUGUGUUGGAUAAUAAGAUAGAUAACAGAAUAAAACAUUUAACACAUGUACAAAAAUCUUUGGAACUAAUUGUAGUUUUAGUUUUUUUGCGCAAACACAAUCUUCUUUCCUCACUUCUGCUUUGUUUAAAUCACAAGAGUGCUUUAAUGAUGACAUUUAGCAAGUUUUUAAAAUACUGACUGCUUUGUUUGUUCCUUGAGUUUAGUUUCUGUUGACUGUUUAGCGUUAGAAGGCCCUGGGGCUGAGCGGUGUGCAGUCUGAGCAGCCCUCAGGCUGUGCCAGCCAGCUGGGACCAGCUGCGCCCGUAGGGCAUGGGCGAGGGGUCCUGUGGUGAUGCCUGCUGUGCAUGGGGGCGUGCAGAUGUUGGCUGUCCUUUCCCUGUCCUUGGAGGAGGGUGCACUCUCUUCCUGUUGCCCUGGAGGGCGUGGCUGGCGUGCUGCCGAGUCUGAGCUUGAUCUCCUGAUGCCCCGUAGUCCUGCAUGAAGACAGAGGUUCUUGCCUUAAAAGUAAAACCCUUCCUGGAUAUUCUCUGAUUUCUGAUCUUUCUGGAGCAAACUUCUAUUUUACAUUCCCUUUGUUUUGUUACACAUGAGAUGUUGAGUCCGUGUGACUCAAUUUAUUCCUGAAUUAGUUGUAACUUAGUACAGGUUUACCCCAGAAUUUCUGUCAAGCGUCCUGAGAUAUUUGAAAAACCGGAAUAUGAAGUCUGGAUUUUCUUUGAACAUCGUGGUAAAGAUGAUCUUUGGCUAAAUACCCAGUUUUACUAAAGGGUCUCCUGUGAAGUAGUUCCAUGGACGGAAAUGUUUAUAGCAAAUAGCUUUUCCCUGUAGGCUGUUGCUUUAACAAAACAGACCAUAAG